UGACAACUUGAAGGAAGACGUCACCAAUAAGUUUCAAGACAAAAACAAUGGCACAGACUCUGCUUCUGGUGGACACAGACUGUGGAAUUGAUGAUGCGCAAGCAAUUAUGAUGGCCCUCGCUGCACCAAGGGUACAAAUCUUGGGAAUCACCUGCUGCUUUGGGAACACAUCCGUAGAGAAUGUUUGUAGAAAUACUUUGGAGGUCCUCAAAGUGUGCAACAAGCUUGAGAUCCCAGUUUUUUGCGGUGCAGCUUCAUCACUGAUUGGGGGACCCUGCCUUAGCUGUGACCACUUCGGCAAAGAUGGACUGGGUGAUGUACUGCUUAAUAGCAACGAGCAGACAGAACAGUUGCAGGCAGAGCCAGCAGUCAGUGCCAUGAUCAGACUUGCAUCUGAAUACCAGGGGCAGGUCUCAAUUGUUGCCAUUGGUCCAUUAACCAACUUGGCUCUGGCAGUACGAAUGGAUCCAACGUUUCCUCAGAAGCUAAAAAAUCUUUAUAUUAUGGGAGGAAACAUGCAAGGUCAAGGAAACAAGACAGCGUGUGGAGAAUUUAAUUUUGUCAUGGACCCAGAAGCAGCACAUGUUGUCCUUAAUGAAUUUUCUUGCCCUACCUACAUUGCCACAUGGGAAUUUACUUGUCAGAACAAACUUCCAUGGGAAUUCUUUGACAAAUGGGUGAACCAAGGUACUGAAAAGGCAGAUUUCAUGAAGAAAAUAACUUCAUCCUGCAGAGCAUAUUUUAGAGAGGUCACCUCCAGAAAAGAUCUCCUUUUCGGAAAUGGAUUUGUUCCCUAUGAUUCAUUUGCCAUGGCUGCUGCUAUAAAUAAUAGUGCAAUAGUUGAAAUGUCUGAAUGUGCUGCCAGAGUAGAACUGAGUGGGCAUUUAACCCGAGGGAUGAUGGCAGUGGAUCCAAUGAAUGAGCUAAACACGACUCGCAAGAUAUUUGUAAUGAAGAAGUGCAACAUGACCAUAAUCAAAGAGCUGCUCUGGAUGGCACUAAACUAGCAGCACAUAUAAGCUAUGGAAAAUGUCAGCUUUGCUGUCUAUUGUAUUGAUUACUGUGUGAAUAUCAGAAUGAUCUCAAUCAGGGCUUGGAAACUUAAUACAGUAGUAUAAAAAAAUAUUUUCAUCAAAUCAUUUUACAGCAAUAAAAAUUUUGCCAUAAUUGUAU